GGGAAGCGAAAGCGUCAAUGUCAAACAGACCUGGAUCGUUUGUAUCAGUCGAUUACAACAUCAUCCGCAGAUAAAGCGCCCGUCAGCGGACACAGGCAGCAGCAAGUCAGCGUUUGGAACAAACUUACUGAAGCAGAAGCUGCCGGUGGACUGGCCGAUCUCAGGAAUAAUGAACUCUCUCUCGGGUAAGAGUGUGUUGACGCUAUGCAGGGCUUUCUCCAGUCCUUUAUUGCUCCCUCCUGCAAUGGUUGGGGCAGUGAGGGUCUGCCACACAGGUGUGAACUCCAAAGGCACGGUCUUCACCAGAAAACGAGGCUACGAUAUCACAAGGAACCCCCACUUGAACAAAGGCAUGGCAUUCACCCUGGAGGAGAGGUUACAACUUGGCAUCCAUGGCCUGCUGCCUCCCUGUUUUCUCUCUCAAGAUGUCCAAGUGCUUCGUGUCAUGAAGAGCUACGAGACGCGCAGUAAUCCUCUAGACAAAUACAUAUUGCUGAUGACCCUGCAAGACAGGAACGAGAAGCUUUUUUAUCGUGUGUUGACCUCUGACAUUGAAGAAUUCAUGCCUAUUGUCUACACCCCUACUGUGGGCCUGGCCUGCCAACAGUAUGGCCUUGCUUUCAGAAGACCAAGAGGGCUGUUUAUUACUAUUCAUGACAAGGGGCAUAUCGCCACUAUGCUGAACUCAUGGCCAGAGGAGGACAUUAAGGCCAUAGUGGUGACGGAUGGAGAAAGAAUUCUGGGAUUAGGAGACCUGGGUGGCUAUGGAAUGGGGAUCCCAGUGGGCAAACUGGCUCUGUAUACAGCAUGUGGAGGAGUGCCACCUCAGCAGUGCCUGCCUGUGCUGCUAGAUGUGGGCACUGAUAAUCAGACCCUCUUAGAUGACCCCUUGUACAUCGGCUUAAAGCACAAAAGAGUGAGGGGCAAAGAAUACGAUGACCUCAUUGAUGAGUUCAUGCAAGCAGUCACUGACAAGUAUGGUAUGAAUUGUCUAAUUCAAUUUGAGGAUUUUGCCAACAGCAAUGCCUUUCGUAUUCUCAAUAAAUACCGUAACCGUUAUUGCACCUUUAAUGAUGAUAUCCAAGGCACAGCUUCUGUCGCUGUCGCCGGGAUUCUUGCUGCUCUUAAAAUCACGAAGAAUAAACUUUCUGAUCACAAGUUUGUGUUUCAGGGAGCAGGAGAGGCUGCUUUAGGAAUUGCCCACUUAUUGAUAAUGGCCAUGGCCAAGGAAGGUAUACCUCAUGCUGAAGCUGCCCAGAGGAUCUGGAUGGUGGAUUCCAAAGGCCUAAUUGUCAAGGGCAGAAGUCACCUGAACCAUGAGAAGGAAGAGUUUGCUCAUGAUCAUCCUCACAUAAAAACCCUGGAGGAAGUGGUGGAAACCAUCAAGCCCACAGCUAUCAUCGGUGUGGCUGCUAUAGGUGGUGCUUUCACUGAGAAGAUCAUCAAGAACAUGGCUGCUAACAACGAACGGCCAAUUAUUUUUGCCCUCAGCAAUCCCACAAGCAAAGCUGAGUGCACAGCAGAGCAGUGUUACACACUUACUGAGGGACGGGGUAUAUUUGCCAGCGGAAGCCCCUUUAAAAAGGUCACUUUGGCAGAUGGGCGCAGCUUCUAUCCUGGGCAGGGAAACAAUGCUUAUGUGUUUCCUGGAGUCGCGUUGGGAGUUAUUGCCUGUGGUGUUCGCCACAUCUCGGACGACAUUUUCCUCACUACAGCAGAGGCCAUUUCUGAGAUGGUCACUGAGGAGCACUUGGCUGAGGGAAGACUGUAUCCUCCACUGAAGACCAUCAGAGAAGUGUCCUUUAAAAUCGCUGUUAAGAUUGUGGAUCAUGCCUACAAGCAGGGCAUUGCCUCAUGGUACCCUGAACCCAAAGAUAAAGAGGCCUUCAUUUUAUCCCAUGUCUACAACUCCGACUACGACUCCUUCACUCUGGAUUCAUACAGCUGGCCUAAGGAUGCCAUGAAGGUUCAGAACGUGUAGCUUUUUGACCAUCAUCCUUUUCAAAGGGAUAUUCUCAUAUCAGUCACAUGCCUUAUUAUUCAGUUCAUAACCAUCUGACAGUAUACACUCCAGCUCCAGGCCAACCAAUCCUUAAAAAAAAGCAGCUGCUUUCACUGAUUUGACACGAGAUGAGCUGUAUCUGCUGCGGGUGAUAAAAAACAAGCUCAAAUUGUCUUCAGAGCUCAGUUCACUGAGAGAAAAGCAGCUUUUUAAUGCAGUUACAAGCACUUUCCCCCCUCAUCUAUUCAAGCCCGUUUGCCAGCAGAUCUGUUCAAUCUUUUAGCUCUGCUGUCAGCAUUCUAUUUAUUUCUAACCAGUUAUUCGCUCCAACUAUUUAGCACUCCUGCAAACACAUAUGUACUGUAAGUGUAAGGAGAUGAACUAUUUUUGUACAGCAACCCUGAGAAAUGAUAGACUACCUGGUUCGAGCAUUUAUACGAGAAGGGACUUUUGUUAGUUAGGUAGGAGAGUAGAUAUCCAAUUGACCUGUUGUUAAUUGAGUCCUUUUAAAAUGGAUUUUUUUUACAAGUUUCUCCUGUUGUCUGCAGCCAAAGUUUGUCUAAUUUUAAACAUAUUAUUGUAAAGCGCUGAACAUUGGUGGCUUGAGUAUAUCAGUUUAAAUGUCCACCUAAAGUGAGCUGUUUGUCUACGUUCAUUGGAGUGCGUGCAGUUGUUUUUAAUGUUUCUCCUCAUUUAGGAUUAUGCUUUGCUUCUCAGUAAUGCACGAUUAUGGAGUUAUUUUUUUCAGAUAUUCAAGGAGAUUUUGAAGGGAUUGUGGCUUUUAAAUAAACACUUUCAAAUAAA